UUCCUUUUUUUUUCCUAUUCUUUUUCCACUUUACUGCUAUCAUAACUGGAAAAAACAGAAAAAAAAAUAAAAAAAAAUAAAGAAGAAGAAGGGUCCCAAGAAAUAGAAAAGGAAAGCUCAGCAGAAUCCCCCUUUAAUUGGCUAUGAUGUUUCCAAAUCUUAUAGAGUUUACCAGAUGAAGGCUGCUAAAUAUGUUGGAUUUUUAUCCUCUCUGUUGUGUUCACUGAGUAGCCAAACGGGGCCUUAGAAGCUGAAACAGUUCUUUGUCGACUUUUGAUCUGGGAUAGUGCUGUGCUUUCUUCAAUCAGGGUGCUGCUUGAACAUGGGCUCUGAAAUUCGAUAUCUUGGUCUGUUAGAGACUAGACGACUAGUAUGGCUAUCGGGUGUGGUUUUCGCCAUCGUUUUGAUGAUUCAGUAUUUUGGUUUUCCAUAUGGUUAUGCCCUGUCCUCUUUGUUUACUGCCAAUGUGGGUCAAAUAAGCAGCUCGCAAAGAGUAGAUCAAUCUGGUAACUUAAGUGGGUCAGGAAACAUGACACAUGCUAGUGUCGUGAACGCUACUAAUACAAAUCUUCUGUAUGAAGCAAGUAAUGAGACCAAGCUCUCUGAUGGGAAAAAUGAAAAGAUAGAGGAUGAUUCUAUGACCCCAAUGAAUGAGCGCUCUGGUGAUACCUUAACUGAGGACGUUGACCCUGAAGAUGAAUCCCCUUUUAAGGAUUCAGAAACAGGCAACAAGUCAACGGUUAAAAAGUUAGGAAGUAAUAGUAGCUUACCUCCAGAUAAGGCUGCUGACUCUGAAUAUGAUUUACAAGCUUCAAAUGGUACAUCUGAAAAUUCUUCGUCGAGUGUGUUUAAUACUCAUGGGGGCGGCAGUAUUUCUCCAGCACCGAUGGAAGCUCAAUCGUUGGAUAUCAGUCCCACAGAAAUGUCGGUUGCACCACCACCAAUGGUUAUGAUACCUCAGGUCAAUGCUGAUGCAAAUAAUGGAGCGCCUUUGGUAUCUGUCUAUCAGAACAUAUCUGCAAAAGAAGGAAAUACAGGCCAAGUAUUUGAAAAAGGAAAAGUGCCUGGGCAAAUGGUCACUGACCAUGCUCCUUCAGUCAGUCACACUGACCAUGCUCCUUCAGUCAGUCAUUCUUCUAUAAGCAACAGUCCUGUUAUGAAGGAGUCUGACAAGCCAAAAGAUAGUAUAGUAUCAAUAGCUGAAAUGAACAUAAUGCAGCAACAGAGUUGCACUUCAUUUCGUUCAAUGAAACCAUGGUGGUCCGCAGAUGUAGAUCAAGAACUUCUACGUACAAAAAGUCUCAUCGAGAAUGCCCCUCCGGCAGGAAAUGAACCUGGCUUAUAUGCUCCAUUGUACAGAAAUUUGUCAAUGUUUAAGAGGAGCUAUGAAUUGAUGGAGCAAAUUCUCAAAGUUUACAUUUAUACAGAAGGCGAAAGACCGGUAUUCCAUACACCAGUUCUUAAAGGAAUAUAUGCUUCUGAGGGGUGGUUUAUGAAGCUCCUGAAAAGAGACAAGAAAUUUGUUACCAAGAACCCCAAAAAGGCUCACCUAUUUUAUCUACCGUUCAGCUCCCGUAUGCUAGAGGAGACCUUAUAUGUACCCAAUUCUCACAGUCGUAGGAACUUAGUAAGAUACCUAAGUGAUUAUCUCAACACCAUUAUCCAAAGACAUAAUUUUUGGAACAGAACUGCUGGAGCCGACCAUUUUCUUGUUGCCUGCCAUGAUUGGGCCCCUGCAGAAACAAAAAGAAUCAUGGCUAAUUGCAUAAGAGCUUUGUGCAAUGCUGACAUCAAAGAAGGCUUCCAAUUCGGUAAAGAUGUAUCGCUUCCAGAAACAUAUGUGCGUACAGCUAAGAAUCCCCUUAGAGAAAUUGGGGGAAAGCGUCUUUCUAAGAGACGGACCCUUGCUUUCUUUGCUGGCAACAUGCAUGGUUACCUUCGCCCUAUCUUAUUGAACUACUGGGAAAACAAAGAUCCUGACAUGAAGAUUUUUGGAAAAAUCAGUACAGUAAGCUAUGUCAAUUACAUGAAGAGCAGCAAGUACUGCAUAUGUGCAAAAGGUUACGAAGUCAAUAGUCCUCGAGUAGUGGAGGCCAUUUUCUACGAAUGUGUCCCAGUGAUUAUAUCUGAUAAUUUCAUACCCCCUUUUUUCGAGAUUUUGAACUGGGAGGCUUUUGCCAUAUUUGUUCCAGAGAAGGACAUCCCGAAAUUGAAAGACAUACUCGUAUCGAUCCCAGAGAAGAGGUAUCGUGAGAUGCAGCGGAGGGUUAAGCUGGUCCAGCAGCAUUUCCUUUGGCACGUCAAGCCAGUGAAGUAUGAUAUUUUCUACAUGACACUCCAUUCAAUAUGGCACAACAGAGUUUAUGGAGUAACUCCUAGGUGACAAAUGUACACGAAUAGAUAGUUUUAGAUGUUUUAGUGCAGCAUUCUUUUGAGAAAGAUGUAAUAAGUUGCAUGAAUACGCUAGGAGGAACGUAUCUGAUUAUUUCCUGUACAUAACUUGAGAAGAGACAAUUUGUUUCUUUUUCUGGCGUACCUCUAUUUGUUUCUUUUUUCUCUUAUUUGGACAAAUCUAUAGUACAAUCUUUGUGAUUUACAA